CAAUGGUUAACUGCUGCUCUUCUCUGCUGGUCAUUUUGCAGCCAUAUACAAGUGAGGAUGGGAGAGUACAGCACUGAUGUGAAGGAAGACAGUGAACUAGUCAAGAGUGACGCAUUAAUCAUCCACCAACCUAAAUACAAUUCAAGAAGCCUUGAUAAUGACAUUAUGUGGAUCAAGCUGGCAACCACCAUGGACUACACUGCUGACAUUCAACCCACAGCUCUGCCUGGCUCCCGUGCCCAGGAGGGUCCCGAGUGCCUUUCAAUGUGAAGGAACACACUGAGCAGUGGCU